AGUUCGUGUCAUCUGCCAUUGAGGAACGCCUAUCAGACUCGAGUGGAGGUCCUUAUACAUCGACAAAUUGGAAAAAAGGCAAACGAUCCUCUAAACUUUAGAAUGAACAAAGAAACUGCAAAUGUCGCUUACGAGGAUGUACGAAGUGACAAUAGCGACACAAACUGGGUCGUCCUGAAGUAUGACGGCAAUACAAUUGUUAUUGAUUCAACCGGCGAGGAUUAUGAAGAAUUCACUAAUAAAUUUUCAGAUGAUGACAGGGGAUUUGCCUUCCUUAGGAUUGAGACAGGGGACGAGAUGAGCAAACGCAAGAAGUUCGCUCUUGUCACCUUUAUAGGGACAAAUGUCGGGGCCCUUAAAAGGGCAAAGGUCAGCACGGAUAAAGCUCAAGUAAAGGACGUAUUCAAGAGUUUCGCAAUAGAAAUACUUACCAACGAGAAAUCAGAUCUGAGGGUGGAUAGGAUAAAAGCGGAAGUAGUCAAGGCAGGUGGCGCUAACUACGGCACCGGAUGUUAACGAUGCUUAGAAAACAUUUCACUGGUUUAAACUAUCGUUCCAUCGUGAAAAAGCAUUCCAUAGUAUAGACACUUUAUUUAUAUGUUAGAUCAAAUGCUGAGCUUUGUAGAAAAUGGUCUCAAAUCUUUUAACAUGUUAUAUUGUUUGAAUGUUUGCAUAUACUGUACGCUACCUUGCUGUGAUAUUAUUUACUUUCUGAAGUAUUCACCACAAACAAACAUUGAAAAGAUUUCCCUAGAUUAUGAUGACUUUUCAGAUAAUGAGAAAGAUUAGCUAAGGGCGAUAACUCGUGCACAAUUCACGUGUAUAAUGAAUGUGAUAAUAUAUGCCCUUAAACAAGCUAAAUUGCUAAAGGUACAUGUGGAGUAAACACAUUUAUGUAUUUCAUAUAAGUUAUGUGCAGAAUCAAAGCCAAAAUGUUAAAAUCAAAGGCAAGGGUGCAAAAGAAACCCUAAGUUAGCAUCCUGAUUAGAAAAAUCGUAGAUUCGCCAUUGAUUCCUGCUGUUUGAAUACUUGUGCAAAUAUUUUCUGUCUGACAAAUAUAUAUUUAUUAUUUAUAUGUUAAUUGUCUAUGGACGAGUGUAAUCGUGCUUGUGUUCCCUACGAUCUCACUUUAUUCAGUCAGUCUCACUUUAUUUUCAACUUAAGUGUUUUAGUCAUUAAAAAGAACAUCUUAUGACAUGUAAAAUUUAGUAAUAUAUAAAAAAUAUGUUAUGUUUCCCUCCCUCCGCCCUCAACCACUCACCCAUGGAAGAUUUUUAAUAAACAAAACAUAUUUUCCUUUACAUUUAACCAUUUUUCUUAUCUUAUUUUAACAUUUUAUUAUCUUCAUAUAAUACGUUAUUACUGUCUCAUAUCCUUGUAUUUUAAGGGAAUAUACAAUACACCUUAUGCCAUGGUAUUGUGCAAAUCCCCAUUUCCACUUAAAAUAUAGCGUCCCUCCCUUUUGCAGAAUCCUAGAUCAGCACUAGAUGUGGACUGUCCCUCAUAUAUAGGUUGUCGGCUCUUUAUAAUAAUAUGCCCCGCCCCGUCCCUCUGUUUAAUUUGAUAAAGGGUAGAGGUUUAUAAAACACACACAAAAAACCACUGUGAACGUCUUUAGGGGUAUUACGUGAACAACGAGUGUCUCAAAGUUGGAUAACAUGUUAAAAUAAAUGUAUAUGUUUAUGAAAAACCUUA